AUGCAUGGCGAGCUUGUAUUUAGCGGGCAAAUUGUGUUGGACGAUCACUCACCAGUGAAGCGUGAAGGUGAAAUAAUGGAGGACUACUUGGAGGUGAUAAAUAGGUGGGCCGCACACCCCGACGAGAUGAACUACUGGGUUCCUCCCUCCAGUAUGUGUGAAGCCAUUGAUGCUAUUGCAAAGCGGAGGCUUACGAGCGAUGCAGAGGCGUCAUCCACUGCUGGAUCUUCUCCAGUGGAGCAAUUUUGCAUUUUGCAGGUUACAUCAGAUGCUACAGUCAAGUGCGAUAAAAACAUUUUGGACAGUGCUACUGCCCAUGUUUAG